UGGGAAAUAGCCACUUUGCUAAUCCGCCAUCUUUCAUUAAAACGAGUUUUUAGGGCAAAAUAAGAAACAGUUUUAAAUGUGUUUUUCAACUAAAAAGACCAGUUUCAGCAGGUUCGUUUGAUCGGUUCUUGUAAGAAGCGCGUUUAGAGACGGAAGGUUCGGGUGAAGUCCUUCUUAUUGUGCACAUAUCGGCUGAAGAACACAGGGGUUUACCCCGGAGCUGCUCGUCAUGGGCCGCUCACGGAGCCGAAGCUCGUCCCGGUCCAAACACACGAAAAGCGGCAAGCACAGCAAGAAACGGACCCGGUCUAUGUCUCGAGACAGGGAGAGGUCCAAGAAACGGUCUAAAUCCCGGGAGUCUAAAAGGAAUCGGCGUAGAGAAUCUCGAUCCCGUUCCCGAUCAAACACAGCCUCGUCCCGCAGAGAGCGAGCAGCGUCACCGCCGGAGCGCAUCGACAUGUUCGGCCGGACGCUGAGCAAGAGAACCGCGCUGGACGAGAAGCAGCGGAAGGAGGAGGAGGAGAGAAGGGCAGAGAUGGAGAGGCAGAGGAAAAUCCGGCAGCAGGAGAUCGAGGAGAAGCUGAUCGAGGAGGAGACUGCACGGCGGGUGGAGGAGCUGGUGGCCAAGCGGGUGGAGGAGGAGCUGGAGAAGCGUAAAGACGAGAUCGAGCGGGAGGUGCUGCGGCGCGUGGAGGAGGCCAAACGCAUCAUGGAGCGUCAGCUGCUGGAGGAGCUGGAGAGGCAGCGGCAGGCCGAGCUGGCAGCGCAGAAAGCCAGAGAGGAAGAAGAGAAAUCAAAGCGAGAGGAGCUGGAAAAAAUCCUGGAGGAGAAUAACCGCAAGAUCGCCGAUGCUCAAGCCAAGCUGGCUGAAGAGCAGUUACGGAUCGUGGAGGAGCAGAGAAAGAUCCACGAGGAGCGCAUGAAGCUGGAGCAGGACCGUCAGAAGCAGCAGAAGGAGGAGCAGAAAAUGAUCCUGGGCCGGGGCAAGUCCAGACCCAAGCUGUCCUUCUCCCUGAAGGCCACAGAAUGAGACUCGGCCCCCCCACCUCCCACCCUUCAUCUGAACGUCUCGUCCCUUCUCCCCCGCUCCUCGUCGCUCACUGCGGAACGCUCGCUUCGUUUUGGAAGUGCUAACGGACAGUUUGGGACAGGAGUCCACGGAGUCCAAACUCGUGCACGCUCCUGGUCCUGAAGAGGAGGACGAAGCUCCUUUUUCUCCCAGACUGCACAGACAGCUCCUGUUGGUUUUGUUGCUUUUAUUUUCACUUUUAGGGACUUUUCAUGUAGAUGUUCCUGAUCCAUGAGUCUUUAAUCUGGUGUACCAUCAGCAGACCCAGACCUGAUGGAGGUCUUCCUGCUGUCCUCUCCGUGUAAAGAGUCCCAGACAGCUCAGGAGUCCGUCAGCCCGUCGUCUUCCUGUCACCAUCCUUUCAAAAUAAAAGCAGAGCACAGAAAGCUUUGGAUUCGUCUGAUAGCUCGGUGUCUUUCAAGAGAGGGUCUGGACUCCUGAGCUGCCUGUGGUUCUGAUCCGAGGAGAGGUCCGUCUCACAUGGACCGUCCUCUGUCUUGUAAAACUGAUCCAUGAAAAACUGGAGUUUAAUUUGAAGAGACGGUUCUGACCCUCACUCAUGUUGUAGUAAGUUAAGUUGGCGCCGCACUCGGUAAGUCGGAGGAGACACCUGUCCAGGUAAGACCGGGUCAGAGGUCAGAGUGUGUGCGCGUGUGUGUGAGUUUGUUUGUGUGUAUGUGUGUGUGUGCGUGCGUGUCUGACCUCAGGUGGGUAUAUUAACUUUAUUUUGUGGAAUCUUAAAUUUGUCAUGUGAACUUUGACCCCUCCAUUUGUUUGUCAAGGGACUGAACAGAUCAAUAAACUCAUUGAACGGAUCCGCCC